UUUGCUGAGCUCAGAUGCUGAUGCUGGCGCUGCCCUGCAUGAGCUCUGAAAAAACAGGGGCUCCUGCUGAGUCAUGGCUUGUUGUGGUCCAUUACUGAAGUACAGACACCAUGAGAUAGAUUAUAUGUCGAGGACCUACAAGUGAGGCAUUACAGCAUGAAAUAGCCGUCCAUAGUAUUUACAUAAGGAGAGGAAUUGCAUACGUGUAGGAGUGGCUGUCCUACAUCGCAAUGAUUGCUGCGGCUUUUUUGGUCUUAUUGAGACCCUUGAGUAUUCAGUGUGUAUUAUUGCUAUUAUUGCUUUUGGUAGGAACUGUCGCCACGAUCCUGUUUCUCUGUUGCUGGCAUCGGAAGCUCCGUAAUGAGAAAAUUCCCAUAAAAUCUGUGCUUACAAGGCGUUCAAGGAGUCGUGAAGCUGGUUUCCGGCCGCAUCAUUUUCGCUCUGAGGUAUGUCGUCACAGUCCACGUCAUGCGAGGAGAAGCGCACGCGCGCGCGUUUCUGAAGAGAAGCCGCUCAUUGAGAGCGAGCCGGACUCGAGCGCGGCUGUGAGGAAGCGCAGAGUGAAGAAGAGAGUCCAGCCCGAGUUUUAUCACUCCGUGCAGCUCACGCCAACACGCAAACCAAGCUCCGGGUCUGGGAACGCGUCCCUGCGCUGUUCUAUGUCUUCAUCGGCAGAUUUCUCAGAUGAUGAAGAGUACAGUCUGAAAUCUGGGUCGGUGUCGCCGGCGCCGGGGGACACGUUACCGUGGAAUUUACCCAGACAUGAGCGCUCGAAGCGGAAGAUCCAGGGAGGAUCCGUGCUGGAUCCUGCCGAGAGAGCGGUGCUCAGAAUUGCAGAUGAAAGAGACCGAGUCCAGAAAAAGACUUUUACAAAAUGGAUAAAUCAGCACCUCUUAAAGGUACGAAAGCAUGUGAACGACCUGUAUGAGGAUUUGCGAGAUGGACAUAACCUAAUCUCCUUGCUGGAGGUGUUGUCUGGUGAGACACUGCCGCGAGAGAAGGGCCGCAUGCGCUUCCACAGACUCCAGAAUGUACAGAUUGCACUGGACUACUUAAAAAGACGGCAGGUGAAGCUGGUAAACAUCAGGAAUGAUGACAUAACAGAUGGAAACCCAAAACUGACAUUGGGAUUAAUAUGGACCAUAAUUCUGCACUUUCAGAUCUCGGACAUCCACGUGACGGGAGAGUCCGAGGACAUGACGGCCAAGGAGAGACUUCUGCUGUGGUCCCAGCAGAUGACUGAAGGCUAUGUAGGUGUCCGCUGUGACAACUUCACUACCUCGUGGAGGGAUGGACGACUGUUCAAUGCUAUUAUUCAUAAGUACAGGCCUGACCUGGUCGAUAUGAGCAAAGUAUCAAUACAAAGUAGCAGAUCCAACUUAGAGCAGGCGUUUGGUGUGGCCGAGCAGCUUGGUGUGGCCCGACUGCUGGACCCAGAGGAUGUGGACGUGUCAUCUCCAGAUGAGAAGUCUGUCAUUACUUACGUGUCAACGUUAUACGAUGUCUUCCCGAAAGUACCGGAGGGUAUGGAGGGCAUCAGCGCAAAUGAUGUGGACAUUAAAUGGGUGGAAUACCAGAACAUGGUGAAGUACCUCAGCCAGUGGAUCAAACACAAUGUGACUGUUAUGUCAGACAGAAAUUUCCCCAGCAAUCCUGUGGAACUUAAGGCACUUUAUACUCAGUAUCUACAGUUUAAAGAGAAUGAAAUACCACCAAAAGAAAAUGAAAAGGCCAAAAUCAAGCAUCUCUACAAAAUGCUAGAGGGGUGGAUAGAGUUUGGUCGCAUCCAGCUCCCUCAAGGGUACCAUCCGAAUGAUGUGGAGAAGGAAUGGGGCAAGCUGAUCGUGGCCAUGCUGGAGAGAGAGAAGAGCCUGAGGCCUGAAGUGGACAGACUUGAAAUGCUGCAGCAGAUUGCGAACAGAGUUCAGCGCGACUGCAUAGCCGGAGAGGACAAAUUGGCGUUAGCACGGACGGCUCUGCAGUCGGAUGCCAAACGGUUGGAAUCAGGAAUCCAGUUCCAGAAUGAAGCAGAGAUCGCUGGUUACCUUCUGGAGUGUGAGAAUUUAUUGAGGCAGCAAGUGGUGGAUAUUCAGCUUUUACUGGAUGGAAAAUUCUACUUGGCUGAUCAGCUCGUUCAAAGGGUGUCGAAGCUCCGUGACGACCUGUUGGCUUUGAGAACCGAGUGUUCCAGCAUCUACAGCAAAGGACGCACGCUGACCUCAGAACAGACCAAGAUGAUGAUCUCUGGCAUCACGCAGAGUUUGAACUCAAACUUUUCCCAAAACUUCAAUGCCGGACUGUCUCCUGCGCUCACCCCUGGCCUGGUCACGUCGGGCAGCAGCCCUGCGAUGAGCCCAGCCAUGACGCCCAGCAUGCAGCCUGCCUCGGUUCAGACUUACCUCAGCGGUAGAGGAGGAGGAGGAGGAGGAGGAGGCGGCAUGGAGUCUGGGGUCCUUCAGCAGCUCAAACACAUGCAGAUUCGCAAGCCCAUGCUCAAAUCCUCAUUUAUGGAUCCAAACUUGACCGAGGAUGAGGUUAAUAUGAAGUUUGUGCAGGAUCUGCUUAACUGGGUUGAAGAAAUGCAGGUUCAGCUUGAUCAAGCAGAAUGGGGAUCUGAUCUACCAAGUGUUGAAUCAAAUUUAGCGAAUCAUAAAGAUUUUCACAAAGCUAUUGAAGAAUUCCAGAUGAGCAUUAAAGAAGCCAAAAUGAGUGAGAUUCAGAUGACCCAGCCACUGAAGCAGAGUUACACUGAGAAGCUGAAUAAGUUAGAGAGCCAGUACGGGAGGCUGCUGAAAUGCUCCAAUGACAGGCAGAAACACCUCGACAGCCUGUAUGAUUUUGUGUCCCGCGCCACUCAGGAGUUGAUCUGGCUCAAUGAGAAGGAGGAAGAGGAAGUGGCUUUUGACUGGAGUGAGCGAAACAGUAACAUUUCAAGGAAGAGAGAUUAUCAUGCAGAUCUCAUGAGAGAACUAGAUGACAAGGAGGAGGUGAUCAAGUCAGUACAGGAGAAGGCAGAGAGCCUCCUACUGGAGAACCAUCCUGCCAGAUUGACCAUCGAGGCAUACAGAGCAGCCAUGCAAACGCAGUGGAGCUGGAUACUGCAGCUCUGUCACUGUGUGGAGCAACAUCUGAAAGAGAACGCUGUCUACUUUGACUUUUUCAGCGAUGCCAAAGAGUCGUUGGAUUACCUUAAGAGCCUCCAAGAUGCCAUCCACAGAAAGUACAGCUGCGACCGAAGCAGCAGUUUACAUCGGCUGGAGGAUCUAAUUCAAGAGUCCAUGGAUGAGAAAGAGCAGCUCUUGAAAUACAGCAGCACAGUGGGUGGGUUAGUGGGACGGGCAAAGUCCGUUGUUCAGCUCAAGGCCCGCAAUCCAGAGAACCCCAUCAGAACUUCCAUACCCGUCAAAGCCAUCUGUGACUACCGCCAGAUAGAAAUCACCAUUAGCAAAGAAGAUGAGUGUGUUCUAGUGAGCAACUCUCACAGGGCAAAGUGGAAAGUGAUUAGUCCAUCCGGAAAUGAGGCCAUGGUACCUUCAGUCUGCUUUAGUGUACCACCACCUAACAAGGAGGCCACUGAAAUGGCAAGCAGGAUUGAGCAGCUGUAUCAGAAUGUUCUGGCUCUGUGGCAUCACUCUCACAUUAACAUGAAGAGCGUUGUGUCCUGGCACUAUUUGAUGACUGACAUCCGUGCCAUCCGCAAAAGCACUGUUGCCUCGAUCAAGACUCUAUUGCCAGGUGAUCAUGAGCAGGUGCUGAGCAGCCUGCAGUCCCACUUUGAGGACUUCCUGAGGGAUAGUGAAGAAUCUGAGGUUUUCACUGUGGCUGACUGCGCCCAGCUGGAAAAAGAGGUUCUGGCAUGUAAGGAGUACUAUGAGGAACUUCUCAAAUCUGCAGAGAGAGAAGAACACGAGGAGUCCGUGUACAACCUCUUCAUAUCUGAGGUGCGUAACUUCCGUAUGCGGGUGGAGGGUCACGAGGAACAGCUGAUCCGGAAAAUCCGUACUCCGCUAGACAGAGAUGACCUGCAGGAAUGUGUGCUGCGCAUCACCGAACAGGAGAAGAAGAAGGUAGAGCUGGAUAGGUUGAAGGAUGACCUGGAGACCCUGAGAGAGAAGUGUGAAGCUUUCCUCAGGCAAGCGGCUGCCUCUCCAUCCGUCCCUACGCUUUCCUCCGAACUCAACAUCCUCACUCAGAGCACGAACCAGGUCUACUCCAUGUGCUGCAUCUACCUGGAGAAGCUGAAGACAGUGAGUUUGGUGGUGAAACACAGUCAGAGUGCGGAAGCUCUCGUCAAGCUUUAUGAAGCUAAGUUGUGCGAGGAAGACACAAUCAAUGCUAAUAUUAAAUCCAUCGAUGGUGUCAUGAGCACUCUUAAGCAAUGGAGGUCUGAAAUCGACGAAAGGCGCGAGGUAUUCCAUGACUUGGAGGACGAGCUGCAGAAGGCACGAGUGGUCAGUGAGCGCAUGUUCAAAACACACAACGAGAGGGAUUUUGAUUUGGAUUGGCACAAGGAGAAGGCCGACCAGCUCAAAGAAAGAUGGCAAAACAUCCACUCUCAGAUUGAAAACAGGCUCAGAGACCUGGAAGGCAUCAGCAAAUCUCUUAAGUACUACAAAGACACAUACAACAGCCUGGAUGAGUGGAGCAAGGAAAUGGAAGCCAAGCAGCUCAAGGCCCAAGAGAAUCAACCUGAGGACAGCAAGGCAUUGGCAGAGUUCCUUAACCAGCAGAAAGUUUUGGUCGGAGAAAUUGAGCAAAAACAAAGCAAAAUUGAGGAGUGUCAGAAGUAUUCAGAGCAGUAUGCAGUUGGAGUGAAAGACUAUGAACUGCAGUUGAUGACUUAUCGAGCCAUGGUUGACUCUCAGCAUAAGUCCCCAGUGAAGAGGAGGAAGAUGCAGAGUUCCUCUGAUGUCAUUCAGCAAGAGUUUAUGGACCUUCGUACACGUUACACAGCCCUGGUUACUCUGAUGACACAGUAUGUGAAGUUUGCAGGUGAAACACUGAAAAGGGCAGAAGAAGAUGAGAGGUCUGUUGAGGAUGAGAAGAAAGAGCAUGGCGAAAAGGUUAACAAGUUAUUGAAUUGGAUGUCCGGUAUGAAAACGAAUCUGAACAAAGAUGGAAAGGCUCAAAGUGAUGGCAAACCCAGCACUGAGAGCACUAGUAAGCCCCAGAUGUCACUGGAGGAGAUGGUGACAAAGAAGGAACAAAUUGGAGAAGCAUUGAGAACUACCCAGCUGAUGCUAACCAAACACAGUGACAAAAUGACUGAGGAAGAAAAGCAAGAAGCAAAAGAACAGCUGAAAUCCCUUCAUCAAGCCUACAGUGAGCUCUCUCAACAGUGCGCAGAUGCAGCUUCCUCAGCCGAUCAGGCACUGGAGGUCAUCCAAGGGAUUCUGGAUGUUGAAAGUGGAGCUGUUAUGUCUGUGUGUUGCUCUGUGAACAAUGGCUUCAUCGACCAAAACACAGGACUUGGUCUUCUGGAGGCCCAGCUUAUAACCACUGGGCUCAUUUGGCCUGAACAGCACUUGUGUAUGGACUUGGAGGAUGCAUUCAAGAACAAACUUGUGGAUGACACAAUGCUUAAGCAACUGCACGAGUUGAAUGAAGCUAAAAAAUGUCUUCAGGAUCUCCAGUUUGCUGUAGAGCCUUUGCCGGUUAUAGCUGCUCUGGAAAAUGGGGCUAUAUCUGAGCAAACAGCUAUAAAGAUCAUUGAAAUCCAGCUAGCGACUGGAGGGUUAAGACCGACAUACACUGGUGAUAUUCUACAUCUGGAAGGGGCUUUUCAACUUGGCCUGAUACCCCAGUCACUCUUUAUCCAGAUUUUGGAGAGGAAGGAUACUUGGAAGAACUUGAUUGACCCCAGCACUGCAGAAAAAGUCACACUUAGUCAGCUUGUGCAGAGAAGCAUUAUGCACAAGCUGGCAGGACUUCGCCUGCUUCCAGUGAAACGUGGAAAAGAUGGAACUAUAUCCCUGACAUCUGGGAGAGAGAUCAACAUUAUGAAAGCCAUGCACGAUGGCGUCAUUGAUAGAGAGACUAUGUUUCGGUUGCUGAGCACCCAGUUGUUUGCAGGAGGCAUAGUUGACCCCAAAACUGGCCGAAAGCUGACUGUUGAGGAGGCCUUAUCUGAGGGUCUGAUUGAUCAGGACACUGCUAGUGAUAUACUGAGCCAUCAGGCCCAAAACGGUGGCAUUGUUAAUCCUCAAAACGGGGUGAGACUUACGGUCGAUGAGGCUGUCCAGUGUGAUUUAAUAAGCUCAAGCAGUGCAUUGUUAGUUUUGGAGAGACAGAAAGCCUUCAUGGGUCUUCUUUGGCCGAACGCUGGUGAAAUUCUCUCUUUCUCCACCUCUCUUCAGCAAAACAUAAUCACAGACAAACUGGCGUCUGAGUUGCUGCAUAACCGGCACAAAAUAACAGCCUUGUACAUACCUGAAACCUCUGAGGUAGUUGACAUGGACUCUGCGGUGGAGAAUAACUUAAUUGAGACAUUUACUAAAGAGUUGUUGAAGACAAUAGAAAUCCCUGAUGUGUUCCCUGACAUAGAUGAACUGAAUAACAGGUAUUCAUCCUGGCUAGUAAUGCGGGAGCUUCAAAUCGAUGGAUCUUGUUCGUCUGGUGAAAAAAUCAGUGACGAAAACAGCACAGAUGCACCGUCUCCUUCUGAGGCCAAACAGUUAUUUAUUUCCUACCUCAUGAUGAAUAGCUAUAUGGAUCCAAAGUCAGGCCAAAGGCUGUUGAUCUUUGAUUCGCAGUUAAAUAAAAUGGCAAAAUUACUCUUUGAAACAUCAGAAUCAGAACAUGUAGAUGAGAUUAGCGGACUUCCUAUGAACGUUUCAGGAGAGUCUCCACUGAAUAACAAUGUUCCUGACAAUGACAGAGCUUGUCAGAAUGCUGAUUAUGGUGCUUUGGGAGAAUUGCAAAUAUCUGAACCUUUGGGAAGCACAACAGAAGAAAUGCAUGAAGUAGUGAAUUCUACAGCAUUACAAAAUUCCAUAAAACCUACUCUACCCUCUGAAUCGGUUGUAAAUACUGUAGAAACAGAUCACAAACAUGAUAUUUUCCUAGACCGUGUUGAACAUAUGACUGCAGUUGAAACUAACAAGGAUUCUACAUGUUCAAACACAGACAAGUACCAAUCAGACAUGAGUGUUGUAGCUCCCCAUCAACCGUCGAAAGCAAUGCAGUUACCACAAACAGAUUUUUCUGUAGAAGCAACUGCCUCAAAUUUGUGCUCGACGGUAGCAAAUCCUCAAUGUCGUGAUGCCAAUAAAGACCAGGAAAGAUCUUCAAAAGACUCACCACUAUUGUCCAGUGAAAUAACCAGCUAUACAGAAAUGCCCUCUGAAUUUGCACAUACAGAGGUUGUUUGGGAUGACAAACUUGAGAGAGAUUAUGCCAUCCAUCUUCUUAGGGCGCAAGUAGAGGAAGGUGGGAUUUUAGAUGUCACCUCUGGAAAACGGUAUGACCUUGAAGCUGCUCUCGAUAAAGGCCUUAUUGGUGAAGAGACUGUCUUAGAAGUACUCGCACUGCAGCUUCAAGAGGAUGGUUUGAAAGAGAAGGAAAAUGCUACAGUGUCAGUUCUGAACAUUUCUGUCAAUAAAGGCUGCAUCUCAAGUAAGGUAGCACUACAGAUCAUGGAAAAGCAAAACCUUCUGGGUGGUUUCUAUGAUGCAGCAGUUGGAAAAACCAUUAGCAUUUGUGAUGCUUUAGAGACGGGUCUGAUUACUGAUGAUAUCAGCAGAAGUGUUCUCUCUUCAGAGGCAAUCAGGAAGGCCAUCAUAGAUCCAGAGAGAAAGUGCGUGCUCAGUGUAAAUGAUGCCCAUCAGUCUGGGAUGUUGGAUGAUGAAGAGGCUGAGAGGAUGCUACAUUCACAGCAGGGUGAAAGGGAAGACAUUAUGGUGUCUGAUUUAGCAAAAAGAGAACAAAUAAGCUUGAGAUCAGAUGAAGCUACGCAGGUAUCUACUGACAUAGCUUUUGUGAACAGUUGUCAGGAUCUUCCGUUACCCACCAUUUGUGACAUUCCUUCUAAAGCUAUUUCAGCAAAAGACGAUAUGUUUGACAAAGUUUCUGAGACUAAUAGAAUAGUGGAGGAUUGUGAUGUACAGUGCAGUAAUUUCAACACUAUAGAUUCCAAAAAUGAGUUAGACACUACAGCUGAUAAAGAAGGAAGUUUCACUUCGGAAGGAAAUGAGACAAAAAGUAACAGCGUGGACCCUUUUGUUGUUGAUGUUUCUUGUGAAACUGCAAGUCCUUCACCAUGUGUCAGGCAGGUGGCAUAUCUUGAGACUACGGCGAGUCAGGUUGUAAGCCCUGUACAGAGUGACUCUGGGAUAUCAUGUUCAUCACAAAGCGAUAUCUGCUCUGAGGAACGAAAAUCAGAGAGUUUACUUAAUCCUGAACAGGAAUUCAGCAGGUCCAAAGAGGAGUGUGAAACAACAAAUACUUAUUUUGACAAAGGACUCUCUGAAAGCUUGAGCACUUCGCUACCAAUGGUAGAAGAUGUUGGACAAGUUAGACCGCUUGCAGAAAUACAGUCAUCCUCAUCUUUAUGUUGUGCAAGUGCCAAGUCACCAAUAGAGACUACAACAGAGGUGAAUUAUAGUACUGAUAAUCAGUGCACAUUAGAUCAGAAUUUGCUGAAUGAGAAAGAGAUGUCCACUCAGACCAGUGCAUCAUAUAAAGCUAAAUACGCCAAUGUAAGUGAGAACUUAGAUCAUGAGCAUUCUGAUGAGGAUUCAGGUGCGUUUAGUUCAGAGAAUAGAUUAAAGGAGAUGGUUAAGCAUGAAGACAUGACAGAAAUGUUCAGAAAUGCACCAAAGUAUGUACAGAAAUGUACAGAAAGCAGUACUGACUGUAGAACAGAACCGAAGGUCGAAUGGAAUGAUGACACUGAAAAGCCUGUAGGUUUAAAAGGAUCUAAGGACACAAGUCAGAUCAAUUUGAUGGAUUUAGCUGGAUCAACAGUACAUUUCAAGCAGUUGACAGCUGAAAUUGAUAUUAAUUCUAGUCAGGAUGGUUCAAGUGGAGGUAAUCAUAACAUAAAGCACCCAAGUGAACAAGGCAUAUUUUGUAAUCAUGUAGCCCCAAAAGCCACUUCAAAAGAUCAGUUAGACAAGUCAUCUGAAUCAGACUUUACACGUGACGAUGAUAAACAAGUAAAAGAUUUGGUAGAAAUGCUAGAUGCAUCCUCGGGUCAUUGUUCAGAGGAUUUAGUCACAGAAUUCAAUGAUUUGCAGUCUGCCCCCCAAAAUCCAAGUCCUUCAGUCAAAAUCAUGCUUGAUCAGAAAAGCGAACAAAGCGCAGACAACUUCAACCAGUCUCAAGCUGGAGAUACAGUGGUUGCUGAACGUGUACACCAGGAUGACCUUCAUUUACCUCACAUGGCAAUGGCCGAAGAUGAAAGUUUACCAAAAUCAAUUGAAAGCAGUGAUUUGAAGUCUUUUUUAAAAGAGUUAAUCCAAAUGAAGAUGGAUGGAGCAAGUAUGGAUGAGACUCAAAAACAAAAAUGCCAAGCCAUCGAUAGCAUUAUUGAAAUUAUUCAGCACCGCUCUGGAAUCUUACCAACCAGUCAUCCCAGUUCAAAUGAGAGAGGUGGAGAUCCUGAUAUCCUCUUGGAUUUGAAAAAACAUGAAGGACUAAGAGAAGCUCAGGAUUGGCCAUCUGAUGAGAGUAAUGACAAACCAAAGCACUGGACUGAUCUACUGGAGAUGAUUCAGGGGAUUUCCACAAGCAGAGAUCAAGAAGUGCUCAAGGAAGUAGAUGGAAAGCUAAGCAGUUUUUUGGGAGGCACUGCCUUGAGAGAUGAAUGCAUUGCUGGUCCAACCACAGAUGAUGCUGAUGCAGAUGAAGUUUUCCAGCCAACCAACUCUAACCACCAGGUCUCUGUGGCAGAAGAUCCAUACGGAAAGCAAACAGACGGAGUCAAACCGAGAAGAUAUUCCACCCAGAAUUACUUGGAGUGUGUUGGGACGCUUCAGGAUCAUUACGAUACUCUUGAAGAUAUAAAAAGCGACUUGCAGACCAAGGGUCCAUUAGCAGAAGACAUUGAGGGGUUGCAUUGUCAGUUAGAGGAAGUUCAGUCUUUGGAAGCACAGAUUGCUGCUCUCCCUGACUUGCUUACAGCAGAUUUGAGCGUAGCAGAGCAACUUCUGAAUUCUGCUGAUGAGCUCAUUCCCACACAAAUCCACCAAGAUUUGGCUACAGUCUAUUUAGAUUUACAGAACGCUUUCACAGAGGUUUGCCACUUGUCAGCUGAGCGAAGUAAAGCUAUUCUGCUAGCCAUUGACACAAUGAAGAUCCAUUUGGAAACCUCAUAUCAGGAUUUGCUAAGCUCUCUUGAUAAGGUCUCAACUUGUAUACAAGACAAUUCUGAGACGGUGUCUAAGCUCGAUAUCAUGGAUGCUGAUGACAUGGAAAUAAUUAAGAACAAGAUUCAGCAAAAUAGGGACAUAGAGACAGACUUAUCAGGAACCCGACACCUCCUGGAAGAUGCUGCUUUUGAUAUCCAAAACUUCAUUUCUGAGCAUGCUCAGUUCCUGAGUCCCACUCACAGCAGACACCUUCUAAGGGCUCUCAGCACUACCCAGAGAUCCUUCAAAGAGCUCAUGGACAGAGUCUUCACUCAGAGACAAAAUCUAGAUGACCAGUUGGAGAUCUGUGAGGAUGAGACUCAGCAGCAGGCUGCUGUGGAGAAGCAGAAGGAGUUUUCAGAAAAGCUGCAGGAGCUGUUUGAUGAUCUGACACAGACAGAAAAUCGCCUCAUUGGGCACCAGCAGCAGGCUGCUAGUGCAAAGACUGUAGGAGACCUUCAGCAAUAUCAACAAGAGCAUCAGGCUCUACAGAAAGACCUGCAGGCUAAUGCCAGUGCUCUCAAUGAAGUCAUCAGUAGCACAAAGAAGUUUCUGGAGGAGAAUCGUAGCAAACUCACUCCAGAGCAGAUAUCGGCUCUUGAGAACAAACUGGAGGAAUUGAAGAGCAAAGCGAAUAUGCUUAACCAGAAGGCAGAAGAGUCAAGGAAGGAUCUAGAGAAUGUUUUGACCAGUGCUAUCAAGCAGGAGACUGAGAAGGUAGCAGCUGUUGAACAGCUUGAGGAGAGCAAAACUAAGAUUGAAGGUCUUCUAGACUGGAUCUCCAACGUAGGGAAAGAGAAAGAAAUGGGUGGAGUACAAAAGGACCAGAUGGUUAAACAGAAUGGAAACAUGCCUGAGUACACAUCAGUAGAGAGAAUAAUCGGAGAUGAAGAUGAUCCUAAUGGAAAUGCAUUAGAUACUACAGAUAACACAAGUCUACGUACUGGCGAAAAACAAGACGGUAAAGACCUGGACCUGGACCAGCAGUUAAACAGGGUUCAAGCCCACCACCAGGAGAUCUUGUCCCAACAGCAGGAUUUGAUCAUCGCCACGCAAUCAGCACAGGCGUUACUCGACAAACAGGCUCAGGUCCUGUCACCCGCUGAGAAAGACAAGUUACAGAGAGACAUUAAAGAGCUGAAGGGACGCUACGAGGCCUCUCUCACGCAGGCCGAGCAGCAGAUGAAGCAGGUCCAGACUGUUCAGGAGGAACUUCAUAAGUUCAAGGGAGACUGUGAGGAGUUUGAGACAUGGCUACAGCAGGCCCAAGGGCAGAUGGAGGAGCUUGGGGCGCCCGCUGGCGGUCUGGACACUCUGAGUAAUAAUCUACAGAGACAGAAGAGUUUCUCUGAAGACGUCAUCUCUCAUAAAGGAGACCUGCGUUUCAUAACCAUCUCAGGCCAGAAGGUGUUGGACGCAGCAAAGGCCUGCGAGCGUAGUGAAUCUGGAGGAGCGGACGGCCUGCCAGCGGUUGAUAUGUCCGGGACUUGUGCUGCAGUAAAAGAAAGGCUGGAUUCUGCUGCCAGCAGCUACAAAGCCUUACAUAUGCAGUGUAAUCAGCUUGGGAACAACCUGAAAGACGUGGUGGACAAGUACAAGAAGUAUGAAGAUGCCAGUGGUGCUCUGGUAAAGUGGCUGAAUGUCUCUGAGGAAGAGUCCAGACGGCAGCAGUCAGAGCCCAUUGCUGGAGAUCCACAAACCCUGCAGAGACAGCUGGAGGAGACCAAGAAUCUUCAAGGGCAAACUACGUCUCGUCAGGCUGCGGUGGAUACACUGAGAAAAACAGCUGAUGCCUUGAUCAGCGCAGAGGGAGACCUGCUGUCCAAUCCAGAGGAGAUUCAGGAGACAGUGGAUGACAUCGUAGAGAGAUACGACAACCUGUCGAAGUCAGUGAGUGACCGCAAUGAGAAGCUGCAGGUGACUCUGACGCGCUCCCUGAGUGUGCAGGACGGCCUGGAUGAGAUGAUGUCCUGGAUGGAGAAGGUGGAAGAGAGCGUGAAGGAGAAGCCAAAAGUGCCGCUGGACUCCAACUCUAUUGCGGAUGCGCUUAGCAAGGAGGCAGCUCUGGAGCAGGACAUGUCCAGCAGGCAGAGCAGCAUCUUGGCCAUGAAGACAAAGGUGAAGAAGUUUGUGGAGAACGCUGAGCCGGCCGCUGCCGCCCUACUCCAGGCUAAGAUGGAGGGCUUGUCCCAGCGGUUUACUGACGCCUCUGAGCAGCACAAACAGAAGAUGGCUCAGAUGGAGGAGCUCAGAGACAAGGUGGAGCAGUUUGAGAAGACAUCUGAGAAGGUGCAGCAGUUUGUGCUGAGGAGCUCACAGGCUCUCUCAGAAACAGACGGGCCAGGAAAGAACGUCACUGAGCUCUCACAGCUCGUCCAGGACACAAAUGCAGAGUUAGCCGAGCACACAAAGGACAUGGAAGCACUCCAGAAACUGACUGAGGAACUCUGCAAGCUGGGUCCAGAAGGAAGCACAGCUCUUCUUCAGAGCAAGAUGCAGAACAUCUCGGACAACUUUAACGCUUUUAAACAGACAAUUACUGAGAAAAAAGAGGAGGUUUCUACCUGCCAGGAGCAGCUGCAGGAGUUCAAAGCUGCCGCAGGGGUGUUAAUGAAAUGGCUGGAGGAGACAAAAGAGCAAGUGCCAGUGCUUCAGCCCAACUGCAGUGAACAGGGCCUGGGAACAGACCUGCAGAAAGUCAAUGGCUUAUUGGACGAAUGGACCUCCAAAGCUCCUGCGGUCCAGGAUAUAAAUAGCAAAGGAUCUGCUCUGUGUAGCCUAAUCAGUGUUUUGACAUCACCAGCCAAAGCCAAGAUACAUCACAACUCAGGAUCAGCUGUCAGUAAUGGUUCUGGUCCAGGCAGCCAUGCCUAUCUGACAAAUCAAGAGUUGAUGCUGGUACAGCAGAACAUGUCCUGCAUUAACAACAAUUAUGAGCAUCUGGGGGAGCUCCUGAAGGCCAGGUCCUCUGAGCUCAGCGCUUUGUUAAAGAAAGUUCAAGGCGUCCAUGAACAGGCAGAGUCUUUACGUCAGUGGAUGGAAGACACAAAGAAGACAGCAGCUUCGUUGAGUAACCAUCCGUCUGGGAAGGACACAGUAAAAUCACAGAUCGAGCAACAGAAGGUCUUUGAAGAUAAUAUGAAACAAAAGCAAGUGCAACUUCAGCAGCUGAGGGAGAAUCUGCUCCGCUUAAUCGAGGAACACCCUGAUUCACCCGAGGCAGAAAAGUGGAAGCACAUGCUGGCCCAGAUAGACGAAGGAUGGGAGGAGGUCAAGGGCACAAUGGAAACCCGGAAACAGUACCUGGAGGAGUCGUCCCGCAUGCUGGAGCUCUUCCAGACGACCCAACCACAGCUCUCGCAGUGGCUGCAGGAGAAGGAGUUGAUGAUGGGCGUCUUGGGGCCUUUGUCUGUGGACCCAAACAUGCUUAACACACAAAAGCAGCAAGUUCAGAUUCUCCUCAAGGAGUUUGACAGUCGCAAGCCUCAGUAUGAGAAGUUAAGUGAGGCCGCCACAGCAAUCGCUAGUGCGUCAGAGCAGCAAGAUCCUGCCGCAGAGCAGGUUAAAGAACAGCUGGCGUCUAUUUCCCAGAAGUGGCAGGCUCUGACAGGUCAGCUGUCUCAGAGAGACGCUCUCAUUGAGCAGGCUGUCGUUAAGACCACUCAAUUCCAGGAGCUCUUGCAAAGCCUCAGUAAAAGUGCCACUUGCCUGGAGACUGAACUUAAUAACCAGCAGGCCCUCAGCACCCAACCUGAUGAAGUCAAGAAGCAGAUUGAAGCCACAAAUGCAAUCUUGUCUCAGCUACGAGAGGAGAAGAAGAGGCUGAAGGAGGCAGAAACCCUUUGCUCUGAACUCUCUGCCAUGGUGACUGAAGAGUAUCUUAGAGCAGACUUGACAAAACAGCUUGAGGGCAUCACUAAACCAUUUAGACAACUUGAGGACAAAGCAGGAAAGCGGAUUGAGCAGCUCAACUCAGCCUUUGCCAGCUCCCAGCAGUUCCAUCAGACAUCUAAGGACUUCCAAGCCUGGCUGAAUCAAGCUCUGCAGGAGCAGUGUAAGCCACAGUCCAUCUCUGCUAAUGCAGAGAAGUUAAAACAGAGUCUCAAGGAGAACAGUGCUGUUCAGAAGGCCAUUAGUGACCAUGAAGAACCUUAUAACACCAUCAUUAAAGAAGGAGAAGCUCUCCUCCAGAGCACAGAGGGUGCAGAAAAGGUGGCCCUUCAGGGACAGCUCUCUGCUCUACGGACCAACUGGGACGAUGUCAAGAAAAGUAAUGCUGAGCAAGCAGAAAAGCUUCAAGGGGCCUUGCAGAGGGCACAGAAGUUCAAGGAACAUUCUGAGAAACUGAGUUCAUGGUUGCAAGAGUGUGAAGACCAGGAGAAGAACGUGAAGCUCAGCGUGAACUCGGUGGAACUCGAGGGCUCCCUCUCGCAGUUGAAGGCCAUCCAGAAGGAUGUGGACAAGCAUAGAGGGCAAGUUGUGAUGAUGAACACUGCUGCAGACAGCCUCCUGGAGGUAGUCACGUCAGAUGGUGAUACGGUUAGGGAGGAAAAGGCAACCACUGGUAAAAGAGUGGAUAAGCUGACUGAAGACUUAACGCUCAAAAGAGAAUCGUUAGAAAAUAUCUCGCAGAAACUGAAAGAGUUCAACGACUUACAGAAAGAAGCCAAAGGACAGCUAGAGGGUGCCAGGAAACAACUCGAUUCUCACUCAGCUUUAGGUGUCCAGGCCUACAGUGGUAAAAACUUGACCAAUAUGAAGGCUCAGCAGAACAGCUUAGAGGGUGUCCACAAACAGAUUGAGCAUCUCAAAGAUAUUGCAAAAAGUCUUGUGGUUGAUGCCUCUGAGGUGGAGGGUGUGACAGACCUUCUUCUUCAGGCAGACAGCUUGGAAAAAGACCACAUGUCAAUUACCAGAAAGGUAGAGGAUGCUUGCUCCACCUUGGAGAACAAACUCCAGGGCAUUGGACAAUUCCAGAACAACAUUCGCGAAAUGUUUGCGAACUUCACAGACCUGGACGAUGAGUUAGAUAGUAUGCCUUCUGUAGGCAGGGAUCUUGACACAUUACGAGAUCAGCAAAACACUAUCAAAGGCUUUGUUGCUAAACUUCAGGAUCUGAUGACCAACACAGCCAAUGGUAGAGACAGUUGCAAGAAGAUGCUGGAGUCAGAGGCCUCACCAGAUCUCCUAGGUCUGAAGAGAGACUUGGAAACCCUGGGCAAGCAGUGUGGAAAGCUGAUGGACCGAGCUUCGGGAAGAAAAGAACAGGUUGAGGAGAGCCUCAGUCAUCUGGAGGAGUUCUACAGCAAAGCGCAAGAGUUUACCCACAAACUGAGCAGUGCUGAAAAACAAGAGGAGUCCCAAGAGUCUGUUGGAUUGGAAACUGAAGUCAUUAACCAACAACUGGAGUCAUUUAAGGUUUUCCAGAAGGACGUCAUCGAGUCUCUGCAGAGCCAGUUGCAGGAGCUGAACACUCUGGGCCAGGCACUGAUCCAAAAUGCCCCCAAAGGCACCAACACCAAAAAACUUGAUCAUGAUCUAGAGGAGGCCAACACCAGAUGGAACACCCUCAACAAAAAAGUUGCGGAGCGAUCAGCUCAGCUUCAUGAAGCCCUGCUGCACUGUGGCAGGUUCCAGGAUGCACUGGAGUCUCUUCUCAGCUGGCUCACGGACACAGAGGAGCUGGUGGCCAAUCAGAAGCCUCCAUCAGCAGAAUUCAAAGUGGUGAAAGCACAGAUACAAGAACAGAAGCUCUUGCAGAGACUACUGGAUGAAAGGAGAGCCACGGUGGAGCUGAUUAAGACAGAGGGACGGAAGGUGACGGACUUAGCUGAUACUGUUGAUAAGGAGAAGAUUGCGAGAGAGAUUGAAUGCCUGGGGCAAAGGUGGGACGCCCUACUUAAGAAAGCUGAGAACAGACAAAAGCAGUUGGAGAAUAUUUUGGUGGUGGCACAGCAAUUCCAUGAGACCCUUGAGCCUUUGACGGAGUGGCUCACAGCUACCGAAAAAAGACUAGCCAAGUCAGAGCCCAUCGGCACCCAGACGUCCAAGUUAGAGGAGCAAAUUUCUCAGCAUAAGGCUUUAGAGGAGGAGGUUUUGGGCCGUGGUAAGAUCUUGUACCAGGCCAUGAGUCUGGGCCAGUCUCUACGGGCGGUCAGCUGUGUGGAUGACAAGGAGCUGGUGCAGGCAAAGCUUGACAACACGAACAGAAGCUAUAUCGAGCUGCAGGAGCAUUGCCGCCAGAAGGCCGAGUUAUUGCGGCAGGCACUGGCUAAUGCGCAGCUCUUUGGGGAGGACGAAGUGGCUCUGAUGACCUGGCUCGAUGAGGUGUACGGCAAACUGAACGAAGUUUCGGUCAAAGACUACACGACGGCCGUCCUCACAAAACAGCAUGCUGAGCAGCUGGCUCUUCAUGAAGACAUUGAGUCAAGGAAACAAAAUAUUGAACAGGCCAUACUAAAUGGGUUAGAACUGCUAAAACAGACUACAGGCGAUGAGGUUGUGGUCAUACAAGGUAAACUAGAUGGAAUAAAGACGAGGUAUUCAGAGAUCAACACAAUGAGCAACAGUGUUUCAAAGACUCUGGACAAAGCCCUGUCUCUUGCCACAAAGCUGCAAAACACCCAUGAGGAGCUGAACGCCUGGUUGGAGAAGGUCGAGUCUGAGCUGGCCACGUUUAAAGCUCAAGAGCCGGUCGGAGAGCAGCUCACUCACUUACAAGACAGGCAGAAAACACUGAUGAAGGAGGUGAAGGAUCAGAAGCCACUGGUAGACUCUCUUAAUGAAGUAAGCAGCGCUCUGCUGGAACUCGUUCCAUGGCGAGCAAGAGAAGGCUUGGACAGGAUGGUCACAGAUGACAACGAGCGCUACAGAAUGGCCAGCGAUGCCAUUACACAGCAUGUAGACCAGACUGGAGCUGCCAUCUUAAAAUCCCAGCAGUUUGAGCAGGCAGCCAACACUGAGCUUGAGUGGCUGACGGAGGCAGAAAGGAAGUUGUCUUGUGUCGGAGAUGUCAGGCUUGAGCCGGAGCAGACCACAGCUCAGUUACAGGCUCAGAAGAGCUUUUCCAUGGACAUUAUGAGACAUAAAGAUGCUGUGGAUGACAUUGUAAAGACCGGGGAGGCCAUUAUGAACAACAAAGAUGAGGCAGAGAAGGAAGCACUGAGGGUGAAGCUCCAGGCAUUGUCAGAGAAGUACAAUGUGGUCAGUCAGCUCAAUUCGGAGCGCUGUCUGCAGCUGGAGAGAGCUCAUUCUCUAGCCUGCCAGUUCUGGGAGACAUACGAUGAACUCUGGCCAUGGCUGCAGGAGACGAGAACUACCUUCACUCAGCUGUCCCAGCCGGCCAUUGAAUACGAAGCACUUCGACAGCAACAAGAGGAGCUAAGACAAAUGAGGGAGCUGAUAGCAGAGCACAAGCCACACAUCGACAAGAUGAAUAAAACUGGACCUCAGUUGGUGGAGUUGAGUCCCACUGAGGGGGCACCAAUCAGAGAGAAGUACGAGGCCACAGACAAACUGUACAGCCAGCUUAAAGUCGAUGUCAAGCACAGAGCUGGUGCUCUGGAUGAGGCCAUCUCCAAAUCCACUCAGUUCCAUGAUAAGAUAGACCCCAUGCUGGAGUCUCUGGAGCGCAUUGCCGAACGCUUGCGCCAGCCUCCGUCCAUUUCUGUGGAGGUGGAGAAGAUCCGUGAGCAGAUAUCAGAGAACAAAGCUGUGAAUGUGGACCUGGAGAAGCUUCAGCCAUCGUAUGAGACCCUCAAGCAGCGAGGAGAGGAGAUGAUUGCACGCUCUGAAGGAGCAGACAAGGACCAUUCGGCCAAAGCUGUUCAAGAUAAACUGGACCAGAUGGUGUUUCUAUGGAAUGACAUCCAAGCUCUUCUGGAGGAAAGAGAGGCCAAGCUCCUGGAUGUCAUGGACUUAGCCGAGAAGUUCUGGUGCGAUCAUUGCGCUCUCAUCGUCACCAUCAAAGACACGCAUGAUCUGCUGAAAGAGCUGGAGGAGCCUGGAGUCGAUCCUUCAGUGGUCAAGCAACAGCAAGAGUCUGUGGAGGGCUUUAGAGAAGAGAUUGACGGGCUGCAGGAGGAACUGAAUGUGGUCCAGAAUCUGGGGGCGGAGCUCAUGACAGCGUGUGGAGAACCUGAUAAACCAGUGAUCAAGAAAAGUAUAGAUGAGGUGAACUCAGCUUGGGAAACCCUGAAUAAGACGUGGAAAGAGAGAGUAGAGACUCUAGAGGAAGCCAUGCAAGAUGCGGUUCAAUUCCAGGACAGUCUCCAGAACAUGUUUGACUCAGUGGAUAUUAUGGAAGGCAAACUGGAUUCGAUGUCGCCCGUGGGCACAGACCUGGAGACUGUGAAACAACAGAUCGAGGAGCUGAAGGAGUUCAAAAGUGAUGCGUACCAGCUACAGAUCGAGAUGGAAAGGCUGAACCAUCAGGCCGGACUCCUGCUGAAGAAGGUGGUAGAAGAAGCCGACCGCACUCCCAUCCUGGAGCCAAUGAAUGAGCUAAAAAUGCUCUGGGAGAAUCUGGAUAAAAAGAUUAUCAACAGACAGCACAAGCUGGAGGGAGCUCUGUUGGCUCUAGGGCAGUUCCAGCAUGCUUUAGAUGAACUUCUGGCUUGGCUCACUCAUACUGAAGAGCUGCUUAGUGAACAGAGGAAGGCCUGCGGCGACCCCAAAGCCAUCGAGAUCGAGCUCGCCAAGCACCACGUGUUGCAGAACGAUGUGCUGGCACAUAAGACCACGGUGGAAGCAGUGAAUAGGGCCGGCAGUGACCUCAUUGAUUCCAGCGCUGGAGAGGAGGCGCGAGGUCUGCAGAACAAGCUGGAGAACCUCAACCAGCGCUGGAGGACUAUCCUGGAGAAGACUGAGCAGAGAAGACAGCUUCUGGACAGUGCCCUGCUGCAGGCUCAAGGUUUCCAUGGUGAGAUUGAAGACAUGCAGCAGUGGCUGAAAGACACAGAGCGUCAGCUGUUAGCAUCAAAGGCCCUCGGAGGCUUACCAGACACGGCCCGAGAGCAGCUUAACACCCAUCUGGAGCUCUGCAGUAAACUGGAAGCCAAGGAGGAAAUAUAUAAGCAACUUCUUGACCGAGGGCAGCAGAUUUUGGCCAAGACCCCUGAAGGUCAAGACAGCACCACUGAACUGGACCUGCGCAACCUGCAGGAGAAGUGGGAAUGUGUUCAGGCCAAAGUGACAGAGAGGAAGGUGAAACUGGAGGAGGCCCUGGCGAUGGCCACAGACUUCCAUAACUCACUACAGGAUUUCAUUAACUGGCUGACCCAGGCCGAACAGACCCUCACUAUGGUCUCGCCUGCCUCCCUCAUCCUGGAGACCAUCAUGUUCCAGAUAGAUGAGCAUAAGGUGUUUGUGACUGAGGUGAACUCACAUCGGGAUCAGAUCAUUGAGCUGGAUAAGACAGGAACACACCUCAAGUACUUCAGUCAGAAACAGGAUGUGGUGUUGAUCAAGAACCUCCUGCUGAGCGUUCAAGGCCGCUGGGAGAAGGUCGUGCAGCGGUCAGUGGAGAGAGGACGCCUGCUGGACGAUGCCAGGAAACGUGCCAAACAGUUCCAUGAGACCUGGAACAAACUGAUGGAGUGGCUGGAGGAGUCCGAGACAGCGCUGGACUCUGAGCUAGAGAUCGCUAAUGAUCCGGACAAGAUCAAGAUGCAGUUAACCCAGCACAAGGAGUUCCAGAAAGCUCUGGGCAGCAAGCAUUCGGUGUAUGACACCACCAGUCGCACGGGCCGAGCUUUGAAGGACAAGACCUCCUUGCAAGAUGACAACCAGAAACUGGACGACAUGCUCAGUGAGCUCAGGGACAAAUGGGACACAGUCUGCGGGAAAUCUGUGGAGAGGCAAAAUAAGUUGGAGGAGGCUCUGCUGUUCUCAGGUCAGUUCACAGAUGCUCUGCAGGCUCUCAUCGACUGGCUCUAUAAAGUGGAACCACAGCUAGCUGAAGAUCAGCCUGUGCAUGGAGACAUAGACCUUGUCCUGAACCUUAUCGACAGCCAUAAGGUGUUCCAGAAGGAGUUGGGCAAAAGGACUGGCAGUGUACAGGCUUUGAAGCGCUCUGCCCGUGAGCUUAUUGAGAACAGCCACGAUGACUCGUCCUGGGUCAAAGUUCAGAUGCAAGAGCUGAGCACGCGCUGGGAUACUGUGUGUAGCCUCUCUGUGUCCAAACAGACGCGGCUCGAGCAGGCACUGAGUCAGGCUGAGGAGUUCCAUUCCACCGUUCAUAUCUUACUGGAGUGGCUUGCAGAGGCCGAGCAGAGUCUUCGCUUCCACGGUACUCUGCCUGACGAUGAAGAAGCCCUCCGCGCUCUCAUUGAACAACACAAGGAGUUCAUGAAGAAGCUGGAGGAGAAAAGACUGGCCCUGAAUAAAGCCACAAGCAUGGGAGAGGCCAUCCUGUCCAUCUGCCACCCAGACUCCAUCACCACCAUCAAACACUGGAACACCAUCAUUAAAGCGCGCUUUGAAGAGGUAACAGCCUGGGCCCGACAGCACCAGCAGAGACUCUCCAGCGCUCUGGAUGAACUUCUGGCCACUCAAGAGCUGCUGGAGAACCUGCUGAGCUGGCUCCAGUGGGCUGAAACCACACUUGGCGAGAAAGACAAGGAACCUCUUCCUCAAGAGUUAGAGGAGGUCAAAACACUCAUCGCUGAGCACCAGACAUUCAUGGAAGAGAUGACCAGAAAACAACCGGACGUGGACAAAAUCACCAAAACUCAUAAGAGAAAGGCCACGGCGGAUCCCCCAGUUCAUUCUCAAAUCCCUGUUCUAGAGAAAGGACGGACAGUCAGAAAGAGAUCCCCCACACAAUCCAUGUACACAGCAGCGUCACAGGCGCAAAUCGAGACUAAGAACCCCAGAGUGAACCUGCUUGUUAGUAAGUGGCAACAGGUGUGGCUUCUGGCGCUGGACAGGAGGAGGAAACUCAACGAUGCUCUGGACAGACUGGAGGAGCUGAAAGAGUUCGCCAACUUUGACUUCGACGUAUGGAGGAAGCGCUACAUGCGCUGGAUGAACCACAAGAAAUCACGCGUCAUGGAUUUCUUCCGUCGCAUUGAUAAAGACCAGGAUGGCAAAGUCACAAGGCAGGAAUUCAUCGAUGGCAUCCUGUCCUCAAAGUUCCCCACCAGUCGCCUGGAGAUGAGCGCUGUGGCAGACAUCUUUGAUCGGGACGGCGACGGCUACAUCGACUACUAUGAGUUCGUGGCUGCUCUACAUCCCAACAAAGAUGCUUACAAACCGUUAACCGAUGCUGACAAAAUUGAAGAUGAGGUGACUCGCCAAGUUGCAAAGUGCAAGUGUCCUAAACGCUUCCAAGUAGAGCAGAUUGGCGCCAACAAAUAUCGGUUCUACCUUGGAAAUCAGUUUGGUCUCGUUCACUGCUUACAUGACCCCUUAAUCGCCGACGAGACUAUAACAAACAGGGACAAUCAAAAUCUAAACCCCCAUCUACACGUUGCAGUUUUGGAAAGCUGUAUCCUGUUCGGAGAUUCCCAGCAGCUGCGCCUGGUGCGGAUCCUGCGCAGUACGGUGAUGGUGCGGGUGGGUGGUGGUUGGAUGGCCCUGGAUGAGUUCCUGGUGAAAAAUGACCCGUGCAGAGUUCACCACCACGGGAGUAAAAUGUUGCGCUCGGAAUCAAAUUCUUCAAUUACUCAGUCUCCUAUAGGUUGGCAACUCUCACACUUUCUCUCCUUGCUCCAUCCCAGUGCUAAGGGCAGAACCAAUGUGGAGCUGCGCGAGAAAUUUAUCCUCCCAGAAGGCACCACCCAGGUGAUGGCCAGUUUCCGCUACAGAGGUCGAAGGUCACGGCCAUCCUCAAGAGGCGCCUCCCCCAACAGAUCCAAUUCUAGCCACAGCUGCCCCGCACAACCCAACCCACCCGGCUCCAGCACACCCAAGACACCCCAACAUUUAACCCGCAAUUAUGAUAAACCCUGGCUGACAAACAGCAAAUCAGCUACUCCUCUUAAAUCAUCUGACUCCUUUGACAGCCAAGGGUCAUCCAAUGAGAGCACGCCUAUUCAGGGCAGCAAGCUUCGUCUUCCUGGCUACUUGUCAGGAAAAGGCUUUCAGUCGGGAGAGGAUGGAUCCUUGAUAAAUGCUGCAGUCAUGAAGGCCAGAGGUCAAGCCAUGGGGUUAAGUAAAAUCCCAAGCAGGCCUGGUAGCAAAGCAGGAAGCCGAGGGAGCAGCCGCCGUGGCAGCGACGCCUCAGACUUUGAUAUUUCAGACAUCCAGUCGGUUUGCUCGGACGUGUCGGAGACGGUGACAGACUCAGGGCGACCGACGCCACGCUCAGCCUCACGCCAACACGGAGGCAAACCCUCCAAAAUCCCAACUCCCCAAAGGAGAAGCACCCCUACUAGCAAACUGGCCAAGAACACCAAGAGAUAGUCAACAGUCCGGUCCACAGAAACGGCCAGGAUCCGGGCCUCCAUUCUGACAGCACUGGGUUAGCACACACUAAGCCGAGACUGGACAGACAUAGAUUCACACUAAAGACUGCAAAGUGUUAUCGUUUUUAAAAAGCGUAGCAAGAUGUAAAUUAUUCUGUUGUGAACGUGAAAAGGAAGUUUAUGUGGAGUGUGUGUGUGUGUGCGUGUGUGUGUGUGGAAUGCAAUGGCUUUGUGUAUUUGUCCUGUACUUUAUGUGAACGUUGCGUCAUUAAUAUUUAGUUUGAUCGCUGGGAAAAGUCAGCGAACGCAAGGAGACUGUAUGUUGUUAGGUAAACUAACACUUUUCCACAUGUUUGUGUUGAGGGAGAAGCUAAAUGUACAGUCAUUUUCCCCCAGCGGACGUGCUUGUUGGCGAUAAUAUGCCCUUGUAUUCUGCCAGGACACCACAAUUAUUUAUUCAUCUAUUUAAAGUGCAAUGACAAGCUGCUGUUAUGCAUUUAAAGGGCAAUACAAUACCACUGCUACACUACAACUGUAAUCCCUGCUAUCAUACACUACAGUUAAUCCUGAUCAUGGCCUUUAAAUGUUAUACAAACACCCGUCUGUAGCACCCGCAGUAAUGUUCGUUUCUAUCGGAUCACAGAUUGUGUGCCACCUUACUGUGACUAGAACUUUCUGACUAAAAACAUUCAUAAGUGCAAUCAUGCCUGUGUACUCUAUGGUUCCUUUUUGCCUGAGUGAUGCAGAUUACUCAACUUUUUGUAAUAAAUAUGCUUGCAGAAAGCUCAACAAUA